AGUAAAAGUUGGAUGCUGACGGAAUGGCCAAUAAACAAACACUUUCAAAACAGACUUGAUUUUUGCUUAUCACAAACUAAAGAACCGAAGUUUCACCGAUGUCAUCAAGUAGAUAAAUAUGGUGUUAUAAUUAGAUAGAAACGUUAAAGAUGCCACCAGUAGUUGUUUUACCAAAUGUGUCAACAAACGUUUCUCAAGAUGGCUACCUGGAUAUUGACUUCCUCUUACCAACAGGAAUCAUGGUUGCCAUGAACAUUAACUUUUACUCUGCGUUAGAUGUUCUUAAACAGAAUUUAUGGAAAGAAGCCCAGAACUUACCACUGAAUAAUCUGUUAAAAGAUAGUGAUUCUUAUUGUUUUAUUUGUAUUAAUCAGUUAGGAGAGAAGGAAGAAUUGUUAGAUGAAAGUCAGUGUUUGAAUGAUAUUCAACCAUUUAGUUCGUUUUUAAAAUUGGUUGAAAAACAAGGAGAUGAACAGAAUAAAACACUUGCUCGUAAUAUUAACAGCUUGGUUGGUAAAGGUCCGCAGAAAAUGGAAGCUUGGUCACCAGCAGAAGUGAGUGAAUUCCGUCAAAAGAUGGUCCAGCAUUGUGACAGGAUAAUCCAAAAUAAAAAACAGCAGGGCUGGGUGGAAAAAUUGAAAUUAAAACAUCCACCAAUAUUACGUAGCACAUGGAAUUUACCCGAACGUGUACAAGCUAAUUUAAGCAAUGAUUGUAUAGCCGUAGAUGUGAAGAUAGAAGAUACUGGGACGACUUAUAAAUUGAAGACGUCAGCUAUGGGUACACCAUCAGAUCUGAUUGAUGUUGCUCUGAAGAAGAUGUCUUCCACGGGUCAGAAAGUCGGUAGUUCAGAUUGUUAUUUAAUAAAGGUAGUCGGACGGGAAGAAUAUAUCUACGGUGAUUCUCCAUUACAGCAAUUCAAGUUUGUUUAUCAGUGCUUAACUAAAAAUCUUUGUCCUGAAUUCUGGUUAUUGAACAGAGAAAAUGUUGUAGAUGCGCCUCCGCCAGUACCCCCCCGUAGAAUGAGUACGAUACCUCGUCAACUCCGUCCCGAUCGGUCUGAUAUCAGCGUAUGGAACAUUCCGCAAAAAUAUUACGUGACCGUUAAAGGUAUCAAUAAAAUACAGCUACCAGAUAAUAUCAAGGUGAAGUUAUUUGUUGGUUUAUAUCAUGGUUCAGAACCACUGUGUAUUAUCUGUGAAACACCUGAAGUACCUGUAUUAAACAGUAGCUGUAAUAUGACAAUAGAUUUAAAGUUUAAUAUAGCUGUAGCUGAUUUACCCAACGCAUCACGUAUCUGUUUCGCUCUUUACGCUUCAGGUAGAAAAGGAAAGGAUAUGACUCCAGUAGCGUGGGUAAAUAUUCCAGCGUAUGAUUUCCGAUCGCGAUUAAUUCGAGGUGAUAGAGAGAUGGACAUGUGGUCUGUCAAAGAUGAUUUGACAUUUGAAGAAAUUUGUUAUGUUUUAGGUACUGUAUCACCGAAUCCAUACGGCCAUGAUUCUGCUACAUUAUCUGUUAGUUUUCCUGAUUAUGGUGUUCAAGCUGCUAUUAUAUAUCCUAAAUAUGAUAAGGUGUUAGAAUGUGCAGCAAGAAAUAUGGAAGCUGAUGGAACACCGGGAUCUGUGGGGAUGAAAGUUAGCAAGUCUCAUAUUGAACAAUUGAAACUUAUACUAGAACGAGAUCCCUUAACACAGUUAUUUGAACAAGAUAAAGAUUUAUUGUGGCUGUUACGUUACGAAUGUUGUGAUAAAUACCCACACUCUUUACCAAGAUUACUCAACUCCGUUAAAUGGAAUAAUCACAUCGACACAGCUAAGAUGACAGCUUUGUUACAGAAUUGGAAAAUGUUGCCAGUAGAUUAUGCACUUGAACUUCUAGAUUUUAAUUUUCCUGAUAGAAAUGUCCGAAAAUUUGCCAUCAGCUGUCUUAAUGCCAAUUUAGAAGAUGCAGAAAUGUCCCAGUAUCUUCUACAAUUAGUUCAAGCUGUAAAAUAUGAAAUCUACCUCAAUUGUCCUCUUGUGGAAUUCUUGUUAACCCGAGCUGUUAAAAAUCAACAUAUAGGUCAACAACUCUUCUGGCAUCUCAAAUCUGAAAUGCACGAUCCUACAGUUAUGGUGCGGUUCCGACUGAUAUUAGAAGUUUAUCUGCGAAUCAGAAAAGAUCAUUUAUUAAUUCUACUGAAACAAAGUGAAGGUUUGAGUAAAUUGAAAGCAUUAAACGAGGUAGUAAAAAAUAGCAAAUACAAUCUACAGGAACAAAAACAGAAAGAUCGGGCGAAAGAGGACAUGAAGAAAAUCUUAAGACAGAAAACUUAUAUAGAUUGUCUAUCCAACCUGUACAGUCCUCUAACACCUAUAUAUAAACUCAAAGAUCUCUUAACUGAUCAAUGUUCUUUUAAGAACUCUAAAAAACGUCCGUUACAUUUAAUCUGGUCAAAUGAAGAUCGAUGUGGAGCCAACAUCAACCUUAUAUUUAAAGAUGGAGAUGAUUUACGUCAGGAUAUGUUGACAUUACAAAUGUUACAAAUUAUGGAUGGAAUCUGGCAGGAAGAGGGGCUGGAUCUCAGAAUGAAUCCGUAUGGUUGUCUAGCAACUGGUUUAGAACAAGGUGUUAUUGAAGUGGUGACGUCAUCAAAUACGAUAGCCAAUAUACAGGUAUGGUAUGGUAAAGGAGCGUUUGAAAAGAGAGCUUUAUACGAAUGGUUAAAGAUGUACAAUACAACACCAGAGAGUUUAAAUAAGGCUGUUGAGGAGUUUAUGUUGUCGUGUGCAGGAUAUUGUGUGGCUACCUAUGUAUUAGGUAUCGGUGAUAGACAUAAUGAUAAUAUUAUGUUAAAACAGUCCGGACAGUUAUUCCACAUUGAUUUUGGUCAUUUCCUCGGAAAUAUCAAGAAAAAGUUUGGUGUGAAAAGAGAACGUGUGCCAUUUGUUCUGACAACUCAUUUUGUUCAUGUAAUUAAACAUGGUGGUCCCAACAGCUUUGACAAAUUUCGAGAUUAUUGUGAACAAGCUUAUCUUAUUUUACGUAAAAAGAGUCAUCUUCUCUUCUCGUUGUUUAUGAUGAUGUUAUCGUCUGGGAUACCACAAUUAACGUGUACCAAGGAUGUAGACUAUUUAAAAGAAUCACUUGUGCCAAACCUCAAUGAAGCAGAUGCUCGGCGACACUUCCAAGCUAAAUUUAACGAGGCUUUGAGAAACAGUUGGACGUCCAGUGUUAAUUUCUAUAUUCACAUGAAAGCCAAGGACAACACAUAGUUUAUUACGCGCUCUGAUGAAAACACAGAUCUUAUUUUGUUUCGUUUUUUUAUAGUUCAAAAUUUCGUUUUACUUGACUCUACUACACUAGGAUCUGGAAGAGUUGUUAUAUAACCUGUGUUCUGGUUGAUGUGAGUGAUUGGUCAAUGAAACAGUCUCUUACAAGUUCUUGCCAUGCGAAGUACGAAACUGUGGGUAAUCCACUAGAAACAUCAACACUGAUUGAUUAAUCAAAUGUCUGAUGUCAUAGGGUCAAAAGCCACUCAUAUGACCCCUGACACGACCUUCCAGUACAACCAGUCAGAUCUUCAUGUAGUAGAGGCCAUCGAAAGUAUAAAAAAAACGAAAUGAAAUAUAGAUGUGUAUUUUAAUCAGAUAUUCUGUUUUUUAUGGCCCACAGUAUUAUUUGUAUUAUUGAUAUUGGAAUACAGUAGAAAUGUUUUGUCCUUUUACUGUCUCGAUGAGAAGGACGUUAAACCCUAUUUCAUUUUCAAACCAAUUUUACCGUCUGCAUUAGUAAGACGUUAAACCCCACUUCAUUUUAUCGUCUUUAUUAGCCCAGUUUUUGCAGAAAAAUAAAACAUUAAACUCCAUUUUAUUUCAUUUUCAAACAACUUUGCCGUCUUUAAAGAUGGGUUCCCGCGUACAAACUGGGUGAUUUAAUGGUAUAUAUGGACUAAAAACAUAUUCAAACUAAUUAAUUUGUCAUAAUUAUGCUUCAAAUCCUUCUCAAACAUUGAAAUUGCGAAGGAAUGCCCUGCUAUUAAAAUUCGAUCAAACCAGGUCAUGUUUACGUCACAUCUUGGAAAUCAGAGGAGAAUUCAUUGCAUACAUGAGACGAUGUUGUCUUGAAUCGCUUACUAUUUAUUACAAAUAUCGAAUCCUAAUUAAAUUCUCGGAUUAUCAUUUUUAUCUCAGAAAGUGUUGUACGUCUAACUCUUCAUAAAAUUUAUCAACUUGUACAUCAAGUGCUCAAUGUUCGCGUGUGACCUUUGACAUCACGCGUGCAGAAAUUCUUAAUCGCCGGGCUGUUGAUUAGGGGAACCCUUACAUUUUUGUCCUGUAUGCGCUCCAUGAGUGUUUUUCGGGGAAUCCAGUAUUUUUUUAGUAAGAUUGGAUAUCUCUACUUUCCAUAUCUACCAAAAUUGCCAUACUUUUAUUGGAAAUAACCACCCGAUAAAUACUUUUCUGGGAACUCGUCUUUAAUAACGGCUUUGGUUCAGAAAAGUAAGAUGCUACAUCUCAAUAUCAAUAGUUCUUGAGGGUAGUGAUCCUUUCACAAAAAUAAAAAUGCUCCUCCCACAUCAGAUUGUUGGUAAGGAUUGUCUGAGAAUAUUUAUAUUGUAUGGCCUUAUGUUUAGAAAAAGAGACGUAAUGUCGGCAAUCUUUUAGAAAUUGAUCAUUUUGAUUGUUUGGUACAGUAAUCGAAUAAUGAUUUAAAAUAUAACCACUACUGAUGAUUUAUUAUUAGACAAGGUAUUCCUAUUUAGAGACUAAACUUAGACAAUAUUGUAGUUUGUCAGAUCUGUCAAUCAGAGUACAAUAUUGGUAAUUUAUUAUUACAUGGUGUAUUCCUGUUAGAGUUUUAACUUAGACAAUAUUGACAAUAUUGUCAGGGAUUUCUCGACCUACUCAAUUAUAUUGUAUGUUUUAAUCAUUCCUUUUGAUUUAUACUAUAGUCGACCUGUUGGUUAAACGCCAUGAUUUCAAUAGUGUGAUAGUUUUCAGCGUGACGAAUUAAGGGUUAAAAUUAUAUGUGAUGGGGCUUGUAAACUUGAUUCCACUUCUCUUCAUUCCAUAUUAUUUGGUUUUUUUUUUUAAAUAUAUUACGCAGACAUCGAAAUAGACGACUUACAAUUCAACAGUCGACAUCGAAACGCAAAUAUACAAAGACUGUAUUUUGAAAGUGUAGAAGACAACGAGAAAUCUGCAAAAGAUUUUAUACAGAAUGUUAUCCCAUCCUGGUUGUUCAUUUUGUUAUUAUAUUCUUUAUUUAAUGUCUGUUUCUCUUCCGUCUGAAUCGUUGGUGGUGUAUCGUUACCUGUCCAACCUCGUUGGUUUUCUCCAGGUCCUCCGGUUUCCUCCCACUGCUAAAGACUCCUAUGUGCAAACGAAUUAUUCAAAUAAAAUUGAACCAUAUGUUGUUACUGAAAUGACCUAGUUUGUGUGGAGUGGAGUUAAACCCUCUCUCUCAGAAUGAUUGAUGGAGACUAGAGAAGCCUAGUUAAAACACCGCUGUAAUAAAAGCUAAGUAAUUGUUGUUAUUCUAUGUACAGUAGUUAUUGUUAUAUUUAUUUAGGGUGAAAACUCAGCAAUUAUUUAACCAUAUUUUAUGAAUCAAAGAAUCACAGUUUUAUAGAAAAUAUUAUUCCAUCUUAAACCAAGCUCACAAUCUGCCAUGGGUGUUUUGACAUGCUGGGUCGUAAGGUUUGGCAGCUCGCAGACCAACCGCAAGAAACUGGUUGAAUAUUUUGUAUGUGUAGGAUCAAAAGUCUCUACAGCCGGUCUGCAAUCUUCUACGAUGCCAAACACAUGCAAGUCCCACGCACACGUUUACUAAAAUUUCCUCCAUAGACUGGCCGUAAUAGCACAUAUGGCGGAUUGUGAGAUGAGCUUUACAUUCCUAAUCAAAAUGUUUUAAAAUUAUUUUUUGUAUGUUCACAUUUUAAUUUGUGUGUCGUUCACAUAUCUUUAAGUCUACGCUAUUGAUUUUCAACGAUCACCCCUAGAGUUAUGCCCCUUAGUUACACAAUAUUGUUACAGCUUUUAAGGCUGCAAUGCCCCUUUGUUACUAAAACGUUGAAGCUUCCAGAGUUAUUCCCCCUUUGUUCUAAAAUGUUGUUAUCACCUUAGAGGCUUCAGUUAUGAUCUUAUCUUUUUGAAAUUGGUUAGUUUAAAACUAAUCUUUUAGUGGAAUUCUGUGAUUUGAAACAUAACAAACCUAACUCAGUUAUAUGGGACAACAAUCACUGGUUUAUUAGACACAAGCACCAUAAGAGAAUACUUAUUGAAACAUCGUGCUUGUGUAUAAUAAACCAGCCCAUAUAACUGUUUUAGUUUUGUUAUGUUUAUAACUAGGCCCUACUUACAUGACUUCUCUGCUGCUGGAUGUAUGUUCUGUUGUCUGGUUAUCUAUAUUCAAUGAAAAUAAAAUAUGCAUGUGAUAUUUAUUUAAAAACUCAUAUUAUACAAGUGUUAUAUAGGUGUCCAGAGUUUCAUACACCUAAAACUUGUAUGGUUAAUACAUCGAAAGGCACACAAUACGACUGUAUAUUCAUACAUACAAUACUCAUAUAAUUAUUACAUCGAAAGGCACACAAUACGGCCGUAGAUUCAUAACUGUAAUACUCAUAUGGUUAAUACAUCGAAAGGCACACAAUACAGCCGUAGUUUCAUAGACCUAAUACUCAUAUAGUUGAUAAAUCAAAAGGCACACAAUACGGUCGUAGAUUCGUAGAUCGAUGAAAUUUCAUUUCGUCAUAGCUUUAUAAAUACAAAAUGGAACUGAAUCUUUUUUAGACAGAUAUACCUAUUAUAGAUUCAACUUAAAGAUUCCUAUUGUAGUUUACGAGAGAUUCCUACAGCGCUAAAUGCCUUUAGUGGUAAGUGCCGCAUCAAGGCUUUAAAUCAAAGGAUUUCUUUAGCGAUAAGUGCCGCAUCAAGGCUUUAAAUCAAGUGAGAUGAUGCUAUUAUUGGACUGGGUUAUCGAUAAAAGUUUGUAACUGAAUCCUAUAGCGCUAAAUACCACAUCAAGCCCUUAAAUCAAGGGAGAUGAUUGUAUUAUUGGACAGGGUUAUCGAUAAAAGGAGCACGAUGUAUAUAAUUGUUGAUAAAUGUUUGUUAUUGUUAAUGAAGAGAAAGAAUUAUUUUAUUAUUUAUGUAUUAUUAAAUUUUUAUUUUAUAUUUUAUUGAACACUGUUUAUUAAUGUUGAUGAAAUUGUUAAUUGUUUCUGGCUAGCGAGAAAUCAUUGUCUUUGUUUUUGUCUUGUGAUCAAAUAGAUAAGACAGCUCAUAAGGUGCGAAGGCCUUGUCAAUUGGUGACAAUAUUUUGUUUUCUGAUAAUAAUUUCCAAUGAUAUGUAGGGGCCUAUGGUUUAAUGGUUGAGACAUUAAGUUAUAUAUUGAAACAACACGAGGGAUGUAGUCACGACCUGUUGUUUCAAUAUAUAACGCAAUGUCUUUAGCUUGAGACCAUUAAACAACUUAAAAUACAGACACUUGCACAUGCUUUGCAAUGAAAUAGUCACACGGGACCAAUAUUUCAUUUAGUAUAAAUAAUGCACGCUUGGCACAUUGCCUGUAGCAUUAUUUGAAAUAAUGGUACGCCAACAUCAAAGGAUGAGGUCACAUCUGUAAUUUAAGUCUGUUUAUUACAAAACAUUGCCCAAGGGACCACAUUAAAGAUGUAUUAUGUUAGAGCUAAAUCUGUUGCAAGGCUUGCUUCUUGCUUCUUGCUUCAAAUUUUAUAUAAAUUAUUUUAGAUAUUUAUUCACAUGAUAAGCCCAUAAUCAACUCUCUAAGUCAUCAGAUGACUUAAUACCCUCUCGCCAUUUAAAAUUUAACGCUAAAAUGGAUGAUUGAGACUUUGUUAUCGUAGAAAUGGUACUCGACAAUCAAGACUAUCUUGUUACAACUUCAAACACUCAUAACUUUCCUAGGAAUAAAGUAAUUUGACUGAAAUGUUCAUUACAUUCAAAACCUGGUUAAAACACAGAACCUAUUUCGUUUCGUUUUUUAUAGUUCAAAAUUUCGUUUUAAUUGUCUGUACUACACUAGGAUCUGGAAUAGAUGUUAAAUAACCCGCGUUCUGGAUUGCUUGAGGGAUUAGCCAAUGAAACCAUCUGUUAGUUAUGGCGACUUCUUGGCGUGAGAUGCACUGAACUAUGGGUAAACCACUAGAAACGUCAACGCUGACGUACAGCUGGUCAGAUCUUCAUGUAGUAUAGGUCAUGGAAAGUAUAAAAAAAAUCGAAACGAAAUAUAGAUCUGUUUUUUAAUCAGAUUGUUAUAUUCAUUUCCUAUUUUUGAACUAUUACAGCAAGAACGACCAACACUUUAUCUAAAUCUUACAAAAUGCAUCAUUCAUUAUAUUAUCACAAGGAGUAGGGUCGCCUUGUCCAACCUCAUGGGUUUUCUCCGGUUUCCUCGCACAGCUAAAGACCCCUACGUGCAAGCUAAUUAUUGAAUUAAAAUUAAACCAUGUGUUAGUCCCGAAACGACCUAGUUUGUGUUGAGUGGACGUUAAACCCCAUUUCUCUCUCUUAUCUACCUCAUUAAGAGGAUUACGUCAUUUAGGUUUCAAUAAAAGAGAGAGAGAAAUGGGGUUUAACGUCCACUCGACACAAACUAGGUCAUUUCGGGACUAACAUAUGGUUCAAUUUUAUUACAAUAAUUCGCUUGCGCAUAGGGGUCUUUAGCUGUAGGAGGAAACCAGAGGACCCGAAGAAAACCAGGUUUCAAUAAAAUGCCGAUAAACUGUUACACAGGGCUAUAUUAGUUAAGAGUUUAAUAAAGAGUUGGCCAUUCUUGUUAUAAUAAUUCAAAAAUAGAUGAUAAACUCUUACACAGAGUUAUAUUAAAGGGACAAUAACACUCUUGCUGGCUUGACAGCUCCAGAAAAUAAAUAAUAGCCUUAUUCUAAGUACUAGAUGUUUAAGUGUCCUACCUGUUGUGUAAAUUAUCCAUUACAUCCUAUUUUACUUGUCCAGAGGGUUCGAAAAUAUUUUUAAAUCCAAGUCACAUUUGAAAAGGCUUACGUUAGGCUUUUCAAAUCAUUUAGUUGAAUUUUUCCAAUUUUUUAAAUUAGGUGUGUUAAGAUGAAAUUUGUAUCAUCAAUUAAUUGGAAUACUGUAAAAUAGUACAAUUUGUUGACCAGAAUAAAGAUUGGGACAUAUUAUUCAGUUACAACAAGAGUGGUAUUGAGCCUUUAAGAAAACAAAAUCCAAUUAUCAAUGCAAGAUAAUCUCUCGACUUGAAUUCGAUCAGAUUUAAACUAGGCCCAUCAGGUUUCUCGUUACCAAUGUAUGAUGGGAGCGUCUUGUCAUAACUUAGUAUGUGCUGUAUGGAAUUGAAUCCUGUUUAGACUGACAUUCCUAUUAGAGAUUCCUAAAUGUUUACAAUAUUGUAGUUUGCAAGGGAUUAGGCCUUUAAUUAUAGACUUGUUUUAAAAAUUUAUAUAUGAAUUGUUAGUUGAUGAGCACAUUUUUGUUUUGUAAAAUAUUCUUUCCAUGCUUUUAUCAGUAUUUUUAUAUCAAAAUAAAUAAAAAUAUUUCUUUAAUAAAAGUUGUUCAU